CCUUCUGUACCCCACCAGAGCAUGCCUGGGUAACUUCCUCUCAGAUCUUCCUUGUGGCCUUCCUCGCCCACUCUAGUGACACUAUGCAACCCCAGCGUGACCUGCGAGGCCUCUGGCUCCUGCUGCUGUCUUUGUUCCUGCUCCUUUUUGAGGUGGCCAGAGCUGGCCGACCCCUGGUUAGCUGUCCUGCCGUCUGCUUGUGCGCCAGCAACAUCCUCAGCUGCUCCAAGCAGCAGCUGCCCAACGUUCCCCAUUCCUUGCCCAGUUACACAGCACUGCUGGACCUCAGCCACAACAAUCUGAGCCGCUUGCGGGCUGAGUGGACCCCCAACCGCCUGACCCACCUGCACUCCCUGCUGCUGAGCCACAACCACCUGAACUUCAUCUCCUCUGAGGCCUUUUCCCCAGUCCCCAACCUGCGCUACCUGGACCUCUCCUCCAACCAGCUGCGGACACUGGAUGAGUUCCUGUUCAGUGAACUGGAAGCACUGGAGGUGCUGCUGCUCUACAACAACCACAUUGCCGCGGUGGACCGCUCCGCCUUUGACAACAUGGCCCAGCUGCAGAAACUCUACUUGAGCCAGAACCAGAUCUCCCGCUUCCCUCUGGAACUGGUCAAGGAAGGAGCCAAGCUACCCAAACUAACACUCCUGGAUCUCUCCUCUAACAAGCUGAUUAAGUUGCCGUUGCCUGACCUGCAGAAGCUGCCGGCUUGGAUCAAGAAUGGGCUGUACCUACACAACAACCCUCUGCACUGCGACUGUGAGCUCUACCAGCUCUUUUCACACUGGCAGUACCGGCAGCUGAGCUCCGUCAUGGACUUUCAGGAGGACCUAUACUGCAUGAGCUCCAAGAGGUUGCACAAUGUCUUCAACCUGAGUUUCCUCAACUGCAGCGAGUACAAGGAACGUGCUUGGGAAGCCCACCUGGGUGAUACCUUCACCAUCAAGUGUGACACCAAGCAGCAGGGAAUGACCAAGAUGUGGGUGACACCAAGCAAUGAACGGGUGCUAGAUCAGGGGACCAAUGGCACAGCAACAGUGACCAAGGAUGGUAGUCUUCAUUUCCACCAAGUGCAGGUCAAGGAUGGUGGUGUGUAUACCUGCUAUGCCACGGGGGACACUUUCAAUGAGACACUGUCUGUGGAGUUGAAAGUGUACAAUUCCACCUCUCAUGGACACCAUGACACCCUAAACACAGCCUAUACCACCCUAGUGGGCUGUAUUCUCAGUGUGGUCCUGGUCCUCAUAUACCUAUACCUCACCCCUUGCCGCUGCUGGUGCCGGGGUGUAGAAAAGCCUUCCAGCCAUCAAGGAGAUAGCCUCAGCUCUUCCAUGCUUAGUACCACACCCAACCAUGAUCCUAUGGCUGGUGGGGACAAAGAUGAUGGUUUUGACCGACGGGUGGCCUUCCUGGAACCUGCUGGACCUGGGCAGGGUCAAAAUGGCAAGCUCAAGCCAGGCAACACCUUGCCAGUGCCCGAGGCAACAGGCAAGGGCCAACGGAGAAUGUCAGAUCCAGAAUCAGUCAGCUCGGUCUUCUCUGAUACGCCCAUUGUGGUGUGAGCAGGAUGGGUUGGUGGGGAGAUUCUGCCCCAGGAGAGGUAAUGCACCCCUGAAGGAUAUGAGGGGAUGGAAAGAGAGGGCUGGCUGGCCAAGGGAGUGGGUUCUUCCUAACCUCAAGGGAAUUGGUUUCAGGUACAACAGAGGGCAAGACCCUAACUAGGGUGUGGCUGCCAUAAUCUUCAAAUGUGGAUAUGUUAAUCCUCGGGCAAAUGCUACACCCCCUACCCAAAGCCCUGGCAGUUCUCAAUGUGGUUUAGGAAGAGAAGCAUGUCUGAGCUGAAUGGGAAUGAGGAAGGAGUGAGGGGAAAAGCAGAUCCCUUAAACUUUUUUGAGGUCAUCCCUAGCUCCUUAAGAGAAAAUUAUUUGGAAAAAAAAUUUGUUUUCUGUCUCUGCCCACCACAUCUAUGAUGUUGUGUGUGUUUGGAGCACUUCCACAGGAGCCACACUCGGGGAAACUGUGGUAUCUUCUUUGGUCAGGAAGUCAUACUUCACAUCCGGGGAAAUUGGAAACCUUUGGAAAAUGAGUCAGGAAAAGACUGAGACCUCAAUCGAUAAAACGCCCCAAAGCUACUGAGAGACUUCACUGAAGCCUUCCUCUUUUUCCAUAAGCCCUGGGUAGAAAGAUCUUUGCAGGAUCCUGGCCUUUUGCCUGUUUGGUUAUGGCAGCAAUGCGGGAUGUGCCUUGUCCUGGGACCAAUGGCACAGAGGGGUACAGCAUGAACUGAUAGACGUGUGUCACAGCAUAAGUGCCAGCACAGAACCUGCAGAUGGGGGGUGAACUCCAGAUAGGCUAAUUCCCUGGUUGGUGAAACCCUUGGUUAGCAUUUGAUUCUCAGCAUCUGUGUGAAAGACCAUAGUGGGAGCUGCUGAAGGCAGAGCUUUUGUAGAUGCCUGCCACAAAUGUGGCCCACUUUACACUAGGAUGAAGGUAAAUCUGCAUCUAUUAUGUAGCAUCCAGCUGGUUCUAAUUGAUUUUCUGCAUAAUACCUUCUCUUCAUUCAGUCUCCCUAUCAACCUCAGGUGGGAUUCUGAGUUUUCCCUAAUAUGCUUCUCUGCAAAGGGAGGAGUCCAGGAAAGUCUGGCCUCAGCUGGGUUAGACUGGGCUUGGUUGGAGGUAGAGGAGACCUGGUAUGUAUCUCCUCUGUGUUGAUAAGGCUUCCUCACUCAGAGAUCUCACUCCUGCUGCAAAGCCAAAGCAUGGGAUUUUGUCAUCAGAGGGGUUGGAAUCAGGUGGUCUCUGCCCCAGAAUGGCAAUUUGGAGUGGCUUAGAGUUCUGCCCUCUCUACAACAUUCCAGGCAAUCUGUAGCAGAGACAAUUGGUAACACUAAACUUUCUUUUUUUUUUUUUUUUUUUUUUGUGGUUUUUGGCCGGGGCUGGGUUUGAACCCGCCACCUCCGGCAUAUGGGACCAGCGCCCUACUCCUUGAGCCACAGGCGCCGCCCCAACACUAAACUUUCAGAAGGAAAGUUCUGCCAUCCCAUCCCUCUUAGAAGUCUGUGUAGUUGUGGUGGUCAGGCCAGAGGAGUUUGAGAAUAAGCCCAAUAUUAUGUUCCAUCCAGGUUGCAGAAUACUUCAGGUAUGGAGAUGACGGAUCCCUUUAACUUUUCCCUUUGGUAAUACUGGAUGCCCUGGGAAGUGGCUGCUCUGAGCUUUGGCUGGGGAUGAGCAGGGCAAAGGUGAACAUGUUUUCUGACAUUGGUCUUUUUCAGUGUCUCUUCUCUCCCAUAUUUAUUGUCCAUUGGAAGUUCUCCAGAUCCUCUAGUUUUCUGACCUGCUCUUUAGGUUCCAAAAGGUGUUAUUUACCUGCAGGUGAGGGCUGCUUGCUAGGAGGGCCUGACUAUUAAACAUCCUGUGAAGAUUGGGGAAGGCGACUGGAACUCAACACUUCCCCAUGUCUGGUCCUGAGAUCUCAAGACUGCUGUCCAUCCUUUAUUAGUAACCUAGUCUUGCUGAGAGAAAGGUGCAGCAUUCCCCUCAAGUACUUGCAUGCUCAUAGGUAUGCAUGCUUAUAGGUAUGCAUGCACAACAGCACCUUGACUUCCAUCAGGACAGUGAAUCUCUAGUUCCCACUAAUGCCACUCUCAGAAUGGUCUCCACCUAUGUGCACAACUUUACACAAUUUUCUUGCCCUGUAGGAGAGACAGUGACCAUGCCAGGCUCCUCAAAUACACAAACUCUUGUACUUUCAUUUCUGACUUCCCUGAUGCUUCACUUAACAUCUUUGUGACACUGAGUCACUUUUCUGCAAAGGCUGGAGUUAGGAGAACCAUGGGUUGAAGACCUUGGGAUAAGGAGUGGUGAGGAGCUAGCUGGUUCUUCAGGCUCCUCAGAAGCCUCCCUUAGAUUAAAGACUAUAUAUAUGAGAAAUUAAGAUAGAACUAGGUCAAUGAGGGACCCAGAAGGAAACUGGCAGGGUGCCAAGCAGCUGUGAGUGUGCCAAGCAACUAUGUUAACUGCACACGGGGUGGGGAAGGUUGUCUGGUUAUAUUCCAGAGACUUCUGAGGAUUUUGUUACUGGAGCUACAGUAACCAGAACUCCCUCCUCAGACUCAACAGGAAACCUGGGAAAAUUUCAUCUCCAUGCUACAGUUUUCCCUCUUGGCACCAUGUAGGGCUCUGAAAAUCUUUGAAGUAAAUUUCAAAUGAAGCAGGCAUUUUGGUGGAGCUCCCGAGGACUAGGAGGACCAUUUUCUUCAUAAGUUCUACCCAGUUUAGGGAAUAAGAAAAGGCCCUGCAGCUCUGAGUCUCCCUACUAUAGCCAUUGGGUUGGCCCCAGGUUUGAGACACCUAGUAUGUGCCUGGCUGCUUCACCAAGAGAUUUAACUGAUUAGCUUCUUCCUAUGGUUUCACUUGAUAGAACCCAGAGGUAGCCUUUUAAUUGAAGGAUUGCGUAUUCAGCAUAUGUAAGCUCAAUAGAACCCUGUGUAGAGAACUACCAGGUGUGGUAAUAAGAAAAGGCUGGGAGAUCACCACCUCCCCACACUCCACCCUGCACCCAUAAACCAGACAUGCCUCCCAGGAAGCAGGUGUUCCUGGACACAGAAUGUGACAGGGCUCUACAAUCUAUGUAAUUAUUUGUGACUUUUUUUUUUUUGGCCUGUAUUUAGGGGGCCCCCAGGAGGGGGCCAGGAGAGGGUACACCCCGCUGGGGAAGAGCAAAGCUGACUGAUUGCAGUUUUCUGUGUUCUUACCUCUGUACUUCCUUGUAGCCCUGCUGGCAAAGUAAGCCAGCCUCCCAUGUCUAGUACCCUGUUCCUCCCACUUGUGUAUACCCAGGCUGGCAAACCUUGAAGCCUCUGGGCUCUGAAAACUAGACAAUGAUCAUUAAACCUGGCUUGAGUCUCUGUUCUGGCA